AUGCGACCGGGACCAGACAGUUCAAAAGCACUUGAACCAUUGCCAUCAGUUGAUGACGCUAAUCUGCGUUUAUAUGGCGGUCAUAAACAUUCCUCGCGUGGGCAUACAACAACAAUGAUUAAACAUGAUUUAUCAUCAUCAUCAACGUUGCCUCCUAACUUGUCGGCAUCCGGAAUAGCGCAUCAGAUUGUAAAACAAGUUCAACCAACAGUUGUUAGUAGUAAUAUAAUUUCGUCUCAACCGAAUCCAACAAACUCGUCAACAACAUUUCAUACAGCGUCGAUAACAUCAUUACAACAUUUACCGCCAUCAUUUGUGCAAAAUUUACCGGCAAAUCCAGUUAUAUUUCAACAAAAUGGCACACCUAUUACUAUGGGAAAUGCAGGUGUUGCAUUUCAACUCAAUCAACAAAUGUUUAAACAAAAUCGUAGUGGACCAAGUAAUAUAUCUCAGACUGAUGGUCAGUGUGAUGACAUGACAAAAUCUUGCGAACAAAAACAAACAAAAUCAAAGAAGAAAGCGAUUCAAAUAUCUUUUCAAUUAGAUGGAACAGUAGUACCAGCGAUCUCUGAUGACGACGAUGAAGAUGAUAAUGACGAGGAACCAUUGGAUCAAGUUGAAGAUGAAGAAGACGAGACGAAUGAAGAAGGAAAUGAAGAUCCAAAACCAUUGUGUUCCGAGGAUGAUGUUAGUGAAGAUGAACCAAAUGAAUUGUUUGAAUGUGAUAACGUUGUCGUUUGUCAAUAUGACAAGAUAAAUCGGUGUAAAAAUAAAUGGCGUUUUACAUUGAAAAGUGGUAUUAUGAAUAUCCAGGGCCGAGAUUAUGUAUUCAGUCGAUCAACGGGUGAAGCUACUUGGACACCACUAGCGUCUUGUGGUAUCCCCAGCGAAUAUCUCGGUAACGGUGCUUGGCCAGAAGAAAGAAAUAUGAGGAAAUGA